AUGCCCCACCUGCAUGGUCACCACCACCAUUCUGGGAAACGACUGAGGCAGUUCCUGCGACCUAACGGCACGAAAGUGCACAUUGCCAGCUCUCCAGAAGAUGCUGAUCACAUCCGCAAAGGACUUGCGGACGGCGAGAAAGAUGUUGAUUAUGAUCUCUUCAUCCACGGCUCGCCUGAGCACAUUGACGCUCUGCGCCACACCCACGCUCACCAUGAGGAUAUGCAUCGCCAACUCAAAGAAAAGCAUGGCGACAUUGUGGACGAGUUCGAGCGCGUACUUCGCGAGAUGGACGCUCUUUCAAACGAACUCCACAUGAUCUCCGAGCACGCCGUCCAACUCGACGCAAAUUUCUCAAAGUACGGCUACUCUGCGCACUUGAGGACCAAAGACGAUGCCUCUGAUGACUCCAGCUCUGGCUCGUUCGACAAGAAUCAAUGGGAAGCUGAGCGAAAGCAAGGCGGGACUAUGCGCUUCUACCAGAGACCCAUCGUGCGCCAGUACUUCCACAAGGGGCUCCUCUGGCGUGCUCGCGAGGCACAGGAGGUCGGCAGCUACGAACUGUUCGUGGAUCUCUUCUACGUGGGAAUCAUCGCCAUCACCGGAGACCAUGCCGCCGAGCACCCCACGGGGAAGUCCCUGCUCCACUUCGUCAUCAUCUUCAUUAUGAGCUGGAAGUUCUGGUCCGAUCUUGCGACCAUUAUAGGCUGGAUAGACGCAGACGACCUCAUCCGCCGCCUCUCCGUGCUCUUCAUCCUGACCUGUCUCCUGGGCUUCACGACGAACAUCAACGACGCUUGGGAGCACACCUACACCCCUCUGGUCGCAUUCUAUCUCGCAUCCCGGCUCUUCGUCGCAGCGUCGUACACUUGGUUCGCGUGGAAGAUCCCCAUGGUGCGCGCGACCAUGAUUGGUAACGCAAUCAUGAUCAUCAUCCCCUGCGCCUUCUGGGUCGCAAGCAUCCACGUCGAAGAAGGUACCAAGCAAGGCCUAAUCUGGCCCGCCAUAUUCUUCGACCUCUUCGGCGCCACGAUCCUUCUCCACCUAUCACGACCCGCCUCCUGGAUGGGCCAGACCUACAUCCGCUGGGCGAAAGAGAAAGCCUUCGAAUUCACGCCCGCCGCCAACAUCGAGCACCGCAUCGAGCGCACCGCCGCCUUCGUGACGCUAGUCUUCGGCUCCUGCGUGCUGGGGCUCCUGUACCAGAGCUCCGUGGGCUUCGGCAUCAACGCGUUCUUCGGAAAAGCCGUGCUGGGCCUCAUCCUCGCCUUCACGUUCAACUGGAUCUACUUCGAGAUCGACGCCUGGAACCUGCACACGCACGCCAUCCGCCGCUCCGUCUGGUCCGCGUCAAUAUGGAUCACCAUCCACGCCCCCUUCAUCAUGUCCUUCGUCCUCGGCGCUUCCUCCCUGGGCGUCCUCGUCCGCGCACACGACACCCACGACGCCGACGUCGAUACCCUCUACGAGACCUUCGUCGCGCGGUCCGAGGGCCACCUCCCGAGCGGGCUGCCGUGGUUCUUCUGCGGGGGCGUGGGCGUCGCGCUCGCGUGCAUGGGCGUCAUCGCUAUGACGCAUAUCCACAAGGUUAUCCCUAACCAGCGCCUCGGGAAGCGCGUGCGUCUCGUUUUCCGGUUCGUCGUCGCGGCGGUUAUCAUCGUGCUGCCGACUGCGCAUAUGGAUAGCUUGGAUCUCGUGGGGACGACGGCGGGGCUCGUAGUUGCGGUGCUGGUGGUCGAUGUGCUGGGGAGUACGUGUCAGGGUGAGAAUCUGCUUGCUAGGUGUAAUGUCACGAGGGGGGAGUUGGAGGAGAGCGUCAAGACCGGGGAGGUGCUGCGGGUGGAGGAGCUGGCGAAGAGGGAUGGGAAGGGUGAGGUCGGCGCUGUUUAA